GGUCUGUGUUUGCAGCUGCACAGCGUGGAUCAGAACAGCGUCACCUCAUCCUCAUCGCUGGAGGCCAUCAUGGAUCGAGCCUACGAGAGAUACGAUGUGGGACUGAGGAGAGUCCAGCUGCUCUACAGCAAGUCAGGAGAUGCCUGGAAGUCGGCCCGCCUGCAGAGUUCCUCCGUCCAACACAUCCUCCAGCCGAUGGACCUCACUCUGCACCUGGCCAAGUGUAUGGUGGAGAAGGACGCUCGGAUGCCCAGGUUCAAGGUGUCCGGUGAGCUGCCUCUAAUGCACGUCAGGAUCUCUGACCAGAAGAUCCAGAAGGUGCUGGAACUGGUGGAAAGCGUCCCAGUGCCAAAGAAGGACUCUGCUCCCUGCAGCCCCACGGAGAAGGCGUUGCCGCUGUCCAGGGUUCUACCUCCAGCUCAGACGCUCGACCCCACCCUCCUCGACACAUUUGAAACAGACUCUGAAGAGGAGGCUGGCGACAGGCUGACCAAUGAGGAGCAGCAGCGACUGACUCAGGAGGAGCUCAUCAACGUUCACUUCAAGUUUGAGCUCAAAGAGGUGCUGUUGGAGCUGACGCAGCAGGCGGACCAGGAGAAGGCCGUUCUGUCCUUCAACAUCUCGCAGCUAGGAGCCGAAGGCAGGAUGCGCAGCUUCGACCUGAGCGUCGCCUCCUACCUGCGGCGGCUCGCAGUCGACUACUGUGACGUACCAGUGGGCAGAGAGCCGCUCCACCUGAUCAGCUCCCUGCAGCAGCAGGACUCCAACCUGCUGAAGGUGGAGUUCAUCAAGGCCGACCCGAACGGUCCCAGCUUCCAGACUCAGUUCAGCAACACGGAGCAGACGCUGAAGGUGGAGCUUUCGUCUCUGGACUUCCUUCUUCAUACCAAAGCUCUGCUGGCGACCAUCAGCUACCUGAACAGCGCCGUGCCGCAGCAGUUCAGCGCCACACGGGAUCCCGACACCAAGAAGCUGGUGCAGAAAACAGAGCAGAGUCAGACGGUGUCUAAAAGCAAAAAAGAUGGCGGCGUCUUCACCUUCAAGCUCUUCGCCACGUUGGGCUGCUUCCAUGUGGAGGUUUGCGAUGAUCGCUGCAGCAUCGCUGACAUCCGGGUUCAGGAAAUCAAGGCCUCGGUGUUCAUGCAGGCGAAGGAGACGGAGGUGUUUGCGCGCCUCGGAGACAUCGUGGUCACAGACGCCAACCCAAAGACCGUCCACAGGAAGGCCGUGUCCAUCGUAGGCAACGAGGUGUUCAGCUUUAAGCUGUCCUUGUUUCCGGGGGCAACACAGGGCGAAGGAUACGGCGACAUGUCCAAGGUGGACGGGAAGGUCACCAUGAGUCUAGGGUGCAUCCAGAUUGUCUACCUGCACAAGUUCUUCAUGUCUCUGCUGGCUUCUUUUAGCUUUCAGUACCCGUCAGCUGAUGAGAUGUUCGUCGACAACUUUCAGACGGCUAAAGAAGCUCUGAGCGCCGCAACUUCUCAGGCUGCAGAGAGAGCAGCGUCCAGCGUCCGGGACUUUGCCCAGAAGAGCUUCCGUCUCUCCAUGGACAUCAAGCUGAAGGCGCCCAUCAUCAUCAUCCCUCAGUCCUCCACUUCCCAGAAUGCCCUGGUGGUGGACUUGGGAUUGAUCACUGUGGGAAACAGCUUCGCUCUGCGACCGAUAGAAACGCUCCCUUUGCCGGCUGUGGUGGAAAAGAUGGAAGUGAAGCUGACGCAGCUGAAACUCAGCAGAAAAACCCCAAAGAUCGACUUCCCUCCCAAAGACAUUGAGAUCCUUCAGCCCAUUAACGUGGACCUGCUGGUCACCAGAAACCUGGCUGCUUCCCAGUUCUCAGACAUCCCCGGGGUCCAGGUCCAGGGGGUCCUGCGGUCCCUCAAUAUGAGUCUGGGGGAAGAGGAGCUCGGCGUGCUGAUGAAGAUUCUGGUGGAAAACAUUGGGGAGGGAAGUAAAGACCAGAACUUGGAGGUUAAGACACAGGCCCCCGCAGAGAAGGCGGAGCUUAGCGAGCGACCAAAGGAGACACUGGUCCAUCCAGAAUCUAAUGGGAUGAAGGCCUCAACCCACCAAGAACUGUCUGAGAAGGAUGUGGUCAAAGUUCUGCUUGGCUUUGAAGUCAAACAGGUGCUGUUGUCCCUCAAGAAGCGCAUCAAGCUGGAAGAAGCACCUUUCCUGGUCUUCCAGCUGGAUCAGCUGGGAAUCGACGCCAAAGUCCGGAAGUACGACUUGAGCGCCACCACCUACAUCAGACAGGUCUCCAUGAAGAGUCUGGAGUUUAAAGACUCUGUUGGUGAUCCGCUGUGUCUCAUCAGCUCCUCGGCUGAGGCUGGAGCCGAGCUCCUCAAAGUGGAGUUCAGGAAGGCUGACCGCUGCGGACCCGAGUUCUGCUCCAUCUACCAGAACACUGAGCAGAUGAUCCAUGUCACCUUCAGUUCCCUGGACGUCACGCUCCACACUCAGGCUCUUCUGUCUGCAGUUAACUUCCUGUCAUCAUCACUAUCAUCUGGCAGCGCGGCGCCUGCAGAGAAAGACAUCCAGCUGAAGACGGAGGAGAAAACGCCGUCUGUGAAGCCCAGCGCUCUGGUCUCACCUGUAGACUCUGAGGUCAUAGAUUUGAAAGCGACGAUGACUCUGGGAGCCUUCAACAUCCUGGUGUGUGACCAGACCUGCAGCAUGGCUGACAUCAAAGUCAAAGGUUUGAACAGCUCCUUCCUGAUGCAAGGAGCUCAGACUCACAUCUCGGCCCGCCUGGAAGACGUCAUCGUCCUGGACGUUGAUCCCAAAGGCAUCCAUAAGGAGGCCAUUUCUAUAGUUGGAGACGAGGUGUUCAGCUUCAGCAUGAGUCUGACCCCGAACGCCACAGAAGGACCUGGCUACACCGACACGUCUAGGACCGAUGGCAGGGUGAAGCUGUCGGUGGGCUGUAUCCGGGUGGUCUACCUGCACAAGUUCUUCAUGUCUCUGCUGAACUUCAGCAAUAACUUCCAGACGGCUAAAGAAGCUCUGAGCUCCGCCACGGCUCAGGCUGCAGAGAAAGCAGCGUCCAGCGUCAGAGACCUUGCCCAGAAGAGCUUCCGUCUGUCCAUGGCUGUCAGGGUCAAGGCCCCCCUCAUCAUCAUCCCUCAGUCCUCCACUUCCAAGAAUGCCAUUGUGGUGGAUUUGGGUCUCAUCACGGUGGAGAACAGCUUCUCUCUGGUGACGGUUGCAGGAUGUUCGCUGCCGGCCGUGGUGGACAGCAUGGAUGUGCAGCUAUCGGAGCUGAAGCUGUCCAGGACCUGGUCCGACUCGGAAUCGGAGAAACCCAACAUUGAGCUGCUGAAGCCAGUGAACCUGCUGCUGAACAUCCGGAGGAACCUGUCAGCUGGCUGGUACAGGAAGAUGGCCGCCGUAGAGGUCAACGGAGACCUGAAGCCCAUGAAGCUGGAGCUCAGUCAGGACGACCUGCGAGUCAUGCUGCGGAUCGUGACGGAAAACCUGGGAGAAGCCAACACCCUGGAUCCCUCCGCCCCCCAGCAGGAGGUCAGCCUGCGGGUUCAGGCCCCCAAAGGAGCCCCGACAGGUGAGGCUGAGAGGCCAGCUGGGCGUCUGGGUGAAGAUGGGGAUGAUGAAGCUGUGGAGAUGCUGAGAUUUCACUUCAACAUCGAGUCUCUGGAGCUGGUUCUGUUCCACAACAACCCAAAACAGCAGCCAGCAGACCUUCAGCACCACCAGGACCUCAGGCUGGGGGAGUUGGCUCUGCGUCUGAUGAAGGCUUCAGGGAAGAUCCUGAACAACGGCUCCAUGGAGGUGAACACCGUCCUGACUGCCUGUACGCUGGACGACCUGAGGAGCGGAGUGGAUCGGGUGACCUCACGGAUGGUUGGGCAGAAGGAGGACGGCCAGCAGGCCAUGAUCGACGUCACCUUCCGACAGGCUCCUGCAGAGAGAGACUUGGUGGCCAUCCUGCAGAAGCUGUAUCUGUGUGCCAGCACAGAGUUCCUGAUGGCAGUAGCAGAUUUCUUCCUUCAAGCUGUGCCUCAGAGUCCAGCUUCGGCCCCACCUGCUGCAGCAAGCGACAAGCUGCCUCUGAAACAGACAGCGGAACCACGAGCUGAACGCAGGCCUGCGUCCGCUGUGAGGACCCGUCUGCGGGCGGUGAUCGUGGACCCAGAGGUGGUGUUUGUGGCCAACCUGAUGAAGGCCGACGCUCCGGCAUUGGUGGCCUCAUUUCAGGGCGACUUCAACCUGGUGGCCGAGGAGGACGGCACCCAGAACAUGAGGGCCAACCUGCGGGACCUGAAGGUGCUGGCCUGCCCAUUCAUUCAGAACAAGGAGGACAAGUCUGUGACCACCGUGCUGAAACCCUGCUCUGUCUCCAUGGAAACCAAAACCAGUCCCAACCAACCACUGAGUGGCUUUGUGACGGUGGAGGAGGUCAUCAUCAAAAUCUCUCCUGUCAUCCUGAACACGGUGAUGACCAUAACGGCCGGGAUUGCUGCGAAGACGCAGGCCGAGCAGAGUCAGGAACAAAAGGCUGAUGUCAGCAACCUGUGGUCCAUCAUGGAUAUCUACAACUGUAACUUCUGGUUCCUGGGUGUGGACCAGGCCACUGAGAUCACAGAGAACUACGCAGAGUCUGAUGGCAGUAAGGAUGGAGAAACCUUCAAAGCUCAGGUCAAGUCGGUCCAGAUGACGCUGGAGUCUGGUCUGGGUCAUCGGACGGUCCCUCUGCUGCUGGCGGAGUCUUCCCUUAACGGAGUAGCCAAGAACUGGUCGUCUCUGCUGCAUCUGACGGCAGACAUGACACUGGAGGCUUUCGCUGAGGGAACGGCUUUGACCUUUGACCACACCCUGAAAGAGAAACCUCCCUUUACCAUUAAAAAUUCUCUGGGGAUUCCAGUUAUUGUGCAGCACAGCGCCUCCUUGAGGCCUGUUGGCUCUGUGGCGCAAGGAAAAUUACACGAGCUCUCGGUGGAUCAGAGCAUGGACCUGGUGCACUCCGGAUUCGAGUCCACCAUGGGGGGGAAGCUGUCAGCCCUGGAGAGGCAGGAGAGCUGCCUGUUUAACCUCACCGUCGUACCGUCCGGAUACAGCGAGAUCUGCAGCAUCCCUGUGGACAAACCCGGCCGUCGGCUCUACAACGUUCGAGGUCCGAUGCUGCAGGAGGCCGUGUCGGUGCUGCUGCAGAUCGACGCCGCCGAAGGCAACAAGAUCAUCACCGUCCGUUCGCCCCUGCAGAUCAUGAACCACUUUUCAGAACCCUUCUCUAUCCUGAAGUACUGUGCAGCCUCCAGAGACCUGCAGAGCAUCGGCACAGCGGAGCCUGAGAAAGAGUUCCAUGUGGAUCUGGAUGCAUACAGGUGUCAGCUGUUUGUGCGUCCAGCGGGCCGCCUGGACGGGCUGUACGCCGCGUCCUCCAGCUGCAUGGCGUGGAAGGAGCAGGUCCACUGCAGCGCCGAGGUCCAAUCCGUCCUGCAGUGUCCUGCGUCCGACAGCAACCUGCUGCCGCUCAUGGUCAGCACGCUGGCCGUCCCCGACGACCUGCGGCACAUCUCCAGUCAUGGCGAGGAGGACUGGGACCCCGCCUACGUCAUUCACCUGCAUCCUGUGGCUGCACUGUGCAACCUGCUGCCGUACACAGUCAGCUACAUCAUGGAGAACUCUGCUAACGUCUACGAGCUUCAGGAAGGAACCACAUCGGACCUGCUGAACGCUCGCUUAUCAGGGGAGAUCAUGUCUUUGGCGCUGCUCCAGUACCAGGGCCGUGGCUGGCACGGACACAUUCAGAUCACCCGGGAACUGCCCGAGUUCUUCGCCGUGUCCCUGACCUGCGACACUGACGCCAGCCUGAGCGUGGACGUGAGCAUCCACGUGACCAAAACCAAGAGCCGCCUUCUGCUGUCGCUCUUCAGCCCCUACUGGAUCAUCAACAAGACGUCCAGAGUGCUGCAGUACCGGUCCGAGGACGUCAUGUACAAGCAUCCGGCCGAGUACCGAGACGUCGUCCUCUUCUCCUUCAAGAAGUCCAACCUGUUCACCAAAAGCAAGACAGAGGACUCCGCACCUGUAGGGGGCGCCAGCGUGCACGGCUUCCUCUCUAUCGGAUCAGAUGAAGUCCAUGAGCUGAAACCCUGCGAGGCUCGGCGGUUCGUGUGGGACGACCCAGGAGGAACCCGUAAGCUCUGCUGGAGCUGCAAAGGCCGUUCAGAAGAACUGGAUCUGCUGAAGGAUGAUGUGGGUCAGUUUCCUUUUGACGGCCAGUCUCAUGUCCACUGGGUUUCCUUCCUGGACGGCCGGCAGCGGGUGUUGCUGUUCACCGAGGACACCGGCGUGGUGACCAAGGCUCGGCAGUCGGAGGAGCUGGAACAGUUUCAACAGGAGCUGAAGGUGUCUCUACAGAACCUCGGCCUUUCUCUGGUGGACAACAGCAGCCGGCAGGAGAUUUCCUACAUCGGCAUCACCAGCUCAGGCGUAGUGUGGGAGUAUAAGCCAAAGAACCGCUGGAAGUCCUUCAAUCAGAAGAACAUCAACCUGCUGGAGAAGACCUACCAGAGUCAGCUGAGUGAGAAGAAGGAGCUCGGCUGGGUCACACUGGAGAACAACCUGGAGGUUAACCUCAACCAAGCUGUCAUGAAGAUGCGCCAACCUCAGUCCUGCCCGGUGAGGAGGAACUUCCUGUCGGGGAUCCAGGUGGAGUUCAAGCAGUCGCUCCACCAGCGCAGCCUGAGAGCCCAGCUGCACUGGUUGCAGGUGGACAACCAGCUGCCAGGUGCCGUCUUCCCCAUCGUCUUCCAUCCAGUUCCUCCACCAAAGUCUAUCGCUCUGGACUCAGAGCCAAAGCCCUUCAUGGACAUGUCGGUCAUCAUGAGGUUCAACCAGCACAGCAGCGUCAUGCAGUUCAAGUACUUCAUGGCCUUAGUUCAAGAGAUGGCCGUGAAGAUCGACCAGGGUUUCCUGGACGCUGUGGCGGCUUUGUUUGCUCCGGCUGCAAACCUGCAGAAUGACGGACAGAAGUCGGGGCUGAUCGAAGGAGACCUGAAGCGUCUGCAGGCAGAGCCGACGGACGCCUCCCUGGCAGAUGGCUCAGGAAUCAGCUUCUUUGAAUUUUUUCACAUCUCACCCAUCAAGCUCCACCUCAGUCUGUCUCUGGGCUCCAGCGAUGGCGACUCUGCCCAGCAGAACCCCAUCACCCAGUCCCUGAACCUGGUCCUGAAAAGCAUCGGGGCUACGCUGACCAACGUUGAUGACAUCAUCUUCAAACUGGCCUUCUUCGAGGUGAAGUACCAGUUCUACAGCAAAGAGAAGCUGAUGUGGGCCGUGGGCCGACAUUACACCGAGGAGUUCCUGAAGCAGAUGUAUGUUCUGGUUCUGGGCCUGGAUGUCCUGGGGAAUCCUUUCGGACUGAUCCGAGGCCUGUCUGAAGGGGUGGAGGCCUUCUUCUACGAGCCGUUUCAGGGAGCUGUUCAAGGCCCGGAAGAGUUUGCAGAAGGUUUUGCCAUCGGCGUCCGCAGCCUGCUUGGUUCAACUGUCGGUGGCGCCGCCGGAAUGUUCUCCAAGAUCACCGGAUCCAUGGGCAAAGGCCUGGCAGUCAUCACCAUGGAUAAGGAGUUCCAGCAGGAGCGUCGGGAGGAAAUGAACCGACCCACCAGGGACUUCAAAGGCAGUCUGGCCAAAGGGGGGAAGGGUCUGCUGAAGGGCGUCGUGGGCGGAGUUACAGGCAUCGUCACUAAACCUGUGGAAGGAGCCAAGAAGGAGGGGGCGGCCGGAUUCUUUAAGGGGAUCGGGAAAGGUUUGGUGGGCGUGGUGGCCCGGCCCACCGGCGGCAUCGUGGACAUGGCCAGCAGCACCUUCCAGGGAAUCCAGAGAGCGGCCGAGGCGACGGAGGAGGUGACCAAACUCCGGCCGGUCCGUCUCAUCAAGGAGGACGGCGUCAUCCGACCCUACGACGCCACUGAGUCGCAAGGAUUCGACCUCUACCAGCGCACCGGGAUCAAACCUCUGGAGGGGGAGGCGUUCCGGACGCACUGCCCCAAUCCUGCCCACAGGAAGUCCAACAUCAUCGUCACCAACAGGCGGGUGUUCUGUGUGAAGGAGAUGGACCUGUUGGGUCACCUGAUCACCGACUGGGAGUGUCUGUUUGAGAACUUCCACCGUCCUCCAGCCGUGAGUGGAUCAGAGCUGAAGAUCUACUGCAAGGUAACAAACACCCACUGCUUCCAAGAUGUCAGCCAUCUUUAUCUCUGAAUCCCUGGAGGAAGAUGAUGGCUGCCUGACAGUCGCUCUAAUGUGCUUCCUGUUGCUUCUUUAGGUUAAAGCUUCAUCACCGCAUUCGCUUCGCUUGUUUUUAGUUUCCAUUCUGUGACGAUCCUGGGGGAACUUUGAUGCU